AUGGCUGAUCAUGCCGUAUCUUGUGUGCUCAAGCUAUACUCAACUUUGAAUUUUUGUCCACCAGAUGGGCAAUUUACUGUCUUGGCUGCUUUCAUCCUGACCCGUGGGGACGAACACAAAGUGAUCUCCCUGGCCACUGGCACAAAAUGUCUUCCGGACGACAGACUACCGCACACCGGUGAUGCCUUGCACGACAGCCACGCCGAAGUACUCGCUCGACGUGGCGCUGUGCGCUGGUUCCUGGAAGAGGCGAUUAGGUUGUAUAAAGGCACCGAAUCGAGAUGGAUCGUUCGAUCGGAGGGCGGUGUAUUUCAAUUAAAGGACGAGGUCGUAGUCCGGUUUUAUGUCUCUACUCUGCCUUGCGGGGAUGCUUCCACUCGGUACCUGGCGCUGACGCAAGACGAGGCGAUGGCUACUUUGAAAGACUCAUCCGAGCGCCCCACUACGGACAGUAAUGCAGCAGCUCGGGGCCGAGACAACUACUCUCUAUACGGCGUCCUCCGCACUAAACCAGGGAGGGCAGAUUCCCCUCCAUCAACAGCCAUGUCAUGCAGCGAUAAGAUUGCGCGGUGGAAUGUCCUGGGCUUUCAAGGGGCCCUUGCGUCGAGGCUCUUUAACCCUCUUUAUGUCUCUGAGAUUAUCAUCGGAGAUGUACCCAAUGAACUGCAAGCGGGAAUUAGAGCGGAUUGUGACAGAGCGUUUUGGGGCAGGCUGAAGGAUAUACAAGAAGUUGCCGCCCCUUUCAGAAUCUCGCGCCCGGCGGUGUUUUUCACGCCCAUCUCAUUUGUACAUGCUUCAAAGCCGAAUUCGAAGGGGUCUUGCAAUGAGUCGCUUUGCUGGUCCGCAGAUACUGUAAGGGGCUGCGAGUUCUUGAUCAACGGCUUGAAGCGGGGCGUUGCGCCGAAGCAUCGCCAUCGAGAGAAAUCAAGACCGAUGUUGUCGAAACUGGCCGUAUUUGUUCUGUAUGAACAGGCAUUGUUGUCAGGGAAUAUAGAUGCCGAUAGCGAGGAAGCAACGUACUUUGACGUGAAGAUGGCUCAUGUGAAUUACCAGGCGACGAAGGAACGCUUGCAGGGUGAGACGGGUCCUUUUCGUGGUUGGCUCCGAACUGGGCGGGAGUGGGAGAGCUUCAGUCGAGUUGAGCAGGUCAAGGCAGCUCAUCGAGGGAUACAGGGGUUGGAUAGUUGCAUAAAGUUCCGCACACCAGUGUAG